CCGCCACCGCCAGACAGCAGGAGCGGGGACCGUUCCGUUUGAAGGUCACUCUGCUCCUGGUUACAUAUUGUUCUCCCACGGACCCAGCCAGAGGCACCGGGAUCAGUGCCGGAGCAGUCUGGGGCCGGGGGUGCCAGGGGAGAGCCUGGCAUGGAGCUGGGGCAGGAGACCACCCGGGAGACCGUCCCGCGAGCAAACAAAGGAGAGCUGAGCCCGACCCCGGGGGAUUGUGGGGGCCACAGGGGUCGCCGCUCCUGGGUGCAGUGGCUCAUUCCAGUCGGCUUCAGGAAGGAAGCAUGGGAACUGUGCGUCCUGGCCGGACCCCUGUUCCUGGUCCAGGUGUUGUUGUUCCUGAUCCACGUGGUGAGCACCGUAUUCUGCGGACACCUGGGCAAGGUGGAGCUGGCAGCAGUGACCCUCGCGGUGGCAUUCAUCAACGUCUGUGGCAUCUCUGUAGGGUUUGGCUUAUCCUCGGCCUGUGACACCCUCUUGUCCCAGACCUACGGAAGCAGCAACAAGAAGAUGGUGGGAGUCGUCCUGCAGAGGGGAAUCCUGAUCCUGCUGCUCUGCUGCUUCCCCUGCUGGGCCUUGUUCAUAAACACCGAGAGCAUCCUGCUGCUCCUCCGGCAGGACCCGCAGGUGUCCAGCCUCACUCAGAAAUACGUGAUGAUAUUUGUUCCUGCCCUUCCUGCGGUUUUCUUGUAUGGCUUACUGACGCGAUACCUGCAGAACCAGGAGAUCAUUUGGCCGGCAGUUUUCAGCGGCAUCUUCGGAAAUGUCAUCAAUGGGCUGGGAAACUAUAUCUUUCUCUACAUCCUGGACUGGGGGCUAGAGGGCUCCGCUUUUGCCAACACCAUUUCCCAGUUUGCUCAGGUCAUCUGCCUCUUCCUGUACAUUGUGCUGAGGAAGCUCUACUUGGAGACCUGGGGAGGCUGGAACAGCGACUCCCUGCAGGAAUGGGGCCCCUUCUUCUCGUUGGCCGUCCCCAGCAUGCUCAUGAUGUGCAUCGAAUGGUGGGCCUACGAGAUCGGGAGCUUCCUGAUAGGUCUGCUCAGCGUGGUGGAUCUGUCUGCUCAGUCCAUUAUCUACGAAGUGUCCACGCUGAUGUAUAUGCUGCCAAUGGGGCUCAGUCUUGCGGCCUGUGUCCGAGUAGGGAUGGCGUUAGGGGCCGGGGACCCAGAACAGGCGAAGAAAUCUUCCUCCACAGCUCUUCACUGCACAGGGUUGCUUUUCCUGGUGAUGGGCUCACUGCUGACCGCCUUCAAAGACAGUCUGGCAUAUAUCUUUACUGAUGAUGAAGAGGUCAGUGCACUGGUGGGCAAGGUUAUGCCCAUCUAUAUCGUCUUCAACCUGUUCGAGUCGCUCUGCUGCAUCUGUGGUGGAGUGCUAAGAGGGAUCGGGAAGCAGGCCUUCGGGGCCAUCGUGAACGCGGUCGGCUAUUAUGUCAUCGGCCUCCCCUUGGGAAUCGUGCUGAUCUUUGUUGUCAGAAUCAGAGUCGUAGGCCUCUGGGUGGGGAUGCUCAUCUGUGCCAUCCUGGCCACCGUCACCUUCACUGUCUACAUCUCCAGGGUUGACUGGGAGCGGGCGAGCACAGAGGCCCAGCAGCGUGCCGGACUUGAGCCCCAUUCCGUGGAGAAUGAGCCCCCCAGACUGGGCCCAGAGAAGGCAGUGCUGUCCUCAGUGGAGACAGGCAGCAUUCCCGGCAUCAUUCUGACUACGUACUCCAUCUCCGGGAGCCGAGCCGAUCUCCUAGGGGCUCAGGAAGCAGCUUCCGCCCUUUCGAAAAAGCCCGGAGCCUUGUCUGUGAAACAGCUGCUCGUCCGGCGCCUGCUGGCUAUGGUGCUGGCCUUCUCUCUGCUUAUGGUUGGUGUUGUGGCCAGGUUCUUGCUCUCGGCCCACUAGCUGGGCCUCUUUCCCGCUGGAAGCAGGACGAGAACGGAGCCGCAGUGGUCCGAACGGCAGCCCCCAAACGGUCUCAUCCUAGCACAGCAGCGGUGGCACUGGACCACGCCAACCCUGGAGAGGACGGCCCUCUUCUUUCCCACACCUGUCCCGUUCCUAGGCCCCGCGCGACCACAGUGGGAUGGACCGACUGGAUCGAAACUAUUGGCUCUCACACGUGGACGGGGCUGGAACUUUUGAGAGACUUCCAGGGUGAAAAGUUUCAAACAGAAAUUAGCUUGGACCAGCACUGUUUUGUUCUCAACUGAAUGAUAAAUUAAACAAAACGUACUGGUGACCUGUUUUCCCAGAAGCCUCUGUUCGAUCGAUGCAGUGUUGAGACAAAGCCUGCCAGCCCUACCUUCUCACAGACCUGUUCUGAGAUGCCGUCACGUGUAAGGACACCAGCCCCUUCCACACAUUGGCCUUCAAAGGGGAGGCUUGGAAUCCCAUUUGCUGGAAAUGAACAGUUCUCUGCAAAUCCUCUCAACCAGCUGUGUAAACCGACCCAAAGCACUCCUUCUAACCCAGCUCCACAGGGUGCUCAACGCCUCGGUGGCCCAGUCCCAGCGGGCUGCUGCCAUCAUGGAACAGAGCAGCCCGCUUGGACCGACCCCUUCAUUGAGUUGGACUUUCCUUCCUUAUUAAAAUGCUGACGUGUCUCCAUUUAAACCCAUUUUUGUUACUUUUGGGCCUGGACCUCCAGGCGCGAGGCAAUUUGCAUGCUGAUAGGCCCAGAGUUGAGGAGGCCAGAGCCCUCUCCUGUUGGGGUGCGGCAAGUCCGAGCUGGGGCCUUGUGAGCCCCACUGUGGAAUUACAUAAGGUUGAACUCCAAGUGGAAAUUCCUGCAGGUACUUUUUCAGCUGCAGAAAAACAAAGUUAUGUAACAUCCUUGAAUUGCAUUGUGUGGCCUGCCCGAACUCUUGGAUCGGGGCCUUGUUAUGUAAAGGGUUUUUUUGUCUUUGUUGGUUAAUGCUGCGGUACUUGUCACGGCUCGGCUCGGGAGGGCUUCUGCCCUACGGGCCCAGUCAAUCUCCCUCUCCUCUCAGGGACCGACUGUCUGCCUCAGUUGAGGUGUCCAACAGGCCACCUGUGGAACCUUUAGCCAAAUAAAUAAUUUGGUGUUUUACGGUUUUGGAA